UCAAUGCAGAAGAAGAACCGGAAGUGCAACACGGACUAUUUACAGAGGCGCACAGGCCGCCAUAAGAGAAGCAACUGAUAUUUUGACAGAUGAAGGACUAAGCUGCAUUUAAAGACCGACUUUAAAUGCAACUCGCUGUUUAAAAUAAAAUAAAAAUGCGCCCCGCAUCGACGCACACGUGAGUUUUCAAUCCGACUGGAGAAAAAAAUGGAGGCGAGGUUCGGCAGCGAAGUGGCGUCGGUGGUGGAAGUCGCCAUCCAGGCGGCCGUGUCUGUUUUCAGGGAUGUUUGGGCGACAGAGGCGCCAAAUACGGAGUGGAGAGAGGAGAAGCUCGGCGAAAUCCAGGAGAUAGAGAAGAGUCUGGUGGUUCAGAUCCACAGGGUCUUCACGGAGUUCUCCUCGGAGCUGCUGGAGGAGAACGAGGCUCUGAAGGCCAAAGUGGAGCAGCUGGAGGACGUGCUGCAGAGGAAAGCCGGGCAGCUGCAGCAGGAGCUGGAGGCCAGAGUGGGUCAGCUGGGCAAAGAGAUGGAGCAGCUGGAGCAGGAGCUGAGGAGCAUCAGUGAUGGCAGCAACAAGUCACAAGGAGGCCCGUCACUGUCAGGAGCCACGGUGUCGUCGACUUCCGCCAAUCAGACUACACCUGCUGCUGUUAAGGACUCCACCUCGGACUCUCUGUCGGUUUCAGCGGGAAGCGGUGAGGCCGUGACCGUCCCUAAACCCGCGGUAGCUCCGAUGGUGUUUGUCGGCAGAGUCAGCUCGGCUCCCACGGUGCUGCUGGUGGGAGCCCGACAAGUGGUCACACAGCCCCCGACGUCAUCGGCAGCUGUUUCUGAAACGACGGGAGCAACGCAACUCAUCCUCAAAACCGCAGCCUCGCCGGGGUCUGCGCCUCAAGACGUCCCCAGUCCAGACUCCAGCACCGGCGGCGACACAGCGCAGGAAAAGAAAUCUGUGGAAGAGGCGCCUACAGGGAGAACGAGGAGGACGAGGAGAGCAAACGCUAAAGCUGAAAAAGCUGCCACUGAUAAAAGCACUGAGGAGAAAGAACUGGAAUCAGGUGAAGUUCAGGGAAGACGGCUGAGAAAAAAAGAGUCACGGACAGUGAAGCGGUUCUUCUGUGAGCACUGUAACGUCGGUUUUCACUGGAAAGGCGAACUGAAGAAACACAUGAAGGUCCAUAAGAAGCCUUUUCCUUGCAACCAGUGUGACAGAAGUUUCCUGGAAAAGAAGUCCCUGGAAAAUCACCUUUUGCGUCACGAGGCGCUCAAAGCCCCUUUACCCUUCCCCUGUCCUCGCUGUAAAAGAUCGUACCGAAAGGAGCAGUCGCUGCAGAAUCACCUCAAACGUCACCAGAGGUUGAAACAACCGAAGCCGUUCGCCUGCGACCAGUGCGGGAAAACGUUCAGAGCAGAGCAGUCACUGGAAAACCACCUCUUACGCCACGAGAAGUGGAAACGGAUGCUGAAGUGCCAGCUCUGUGACAAGACCUGCAAGACCACCGUCCAGCUGAGAUGUCACAUGGUCGUACACUCGGAAGAAAGGCCGUUCAGCUGCGCGACGUGCGGGAAGGAGUUCAAGAGUAAAGACACCCUUCGCUUCCAUCAAAUGGUUCACACCAACGCCAAAAAGUACAAAUGCUCAGUGUGCGACGAGACUUUCAAAUACGCCCACUCCCUGACGGUGCACAAGAGGAAACACACGGGCGUCACUCCGUUCAUAUGCACCGUGUGCAACAAGUCGUACAGGACCGGCACGGCGCUGAAAAGACACAGCGUAGUCCACACGGGGGAGAAACCGUUCACCUGUCACAUAUGCGGAGCGCAGUUCAGCCUGAACAACAACCUCAAGAGGCACAUUCGCAUUCACACGGGAGAGAAGCCGUUCACGUGUCAGGAAUGCGGCAAAAGCUUCUCGGACAACAACAAGCUGAAGUCUCACAUGCUCAUCCACGGUGCCCGAAAGCCGUUUAUGUGCGAUCUGUGCGGGAAGACCUUCCUCUUCAACUGCAGGCUGCUGAUACAUCAGAAGUACGUGCACGCCGACAGGAACGAGGAAACGGACGGCACGCUGAGGUUUUUCCAGAACAGACGGAGAAACAAGUCGGCGGUUAAACCUUACAGCUGUAAAAUAUGUCUGAGGAGUUUCAGCGCCGCCUGCUCCCUCAAACUCCACGAAAAAGGCCACAGCGAGCACAAGGAGUUCAACUGCGGGAUAUGCGGGAAGGCUUUCCAUAACAAAUACUCGUUCAGCUAUCAUCAGAGGAGCCACUCAGGGGAGAAGCCCUUUGUUUGCGAUGUGUGCGGGAAGGGGUUUUUCCACGCCGGCAGUCUGAAGCAGCACGAGCGGAUACACACGGGUGAAAAACCGUACAAAUGCGACCAGUGCGGCAAGGCCUUCAGGACCGACGGAAACUUCUACAGACACUUGCGGAUCCACACGGGUGAGAAGCCGUUCGAAUGCGUGUUCUGUCACAGGAAGUUCCACCAGUCGAAUCAGCUCAAGUCCCACAUGCAGGUCCACACUGGUCAGAAGCUCUACUCCUGCCAGCAGUGCGGCCGCGGCUUCUCCGAUUCGAGGCAGGUCAAGAAGCACAGCUGUGACGGGUCAUAGGUCACGUGACAUUGUCGUGUGUCGUUCACAGGCACGCUCAGCUGAUCCAAGUCCUAAAUGAAGCGGUGGUGUGAUGUAUCAAGGGACAUAAAAUGACUUGUGUGUGUGGCCCCGGUGCCUUUAAGCUCAAAAUAUCGGUUAUCUGAUCAAGAGUGCCACUUCUGAACUCCAUUAGUUUCAUUUUUAUAUUCUGUUGUUGAGAGCUGGAACAAUUUACUCAAUCUGGUUAAUUGAAAGGAAAUUCAUCUGUUCUGAUAUUGAGAAUAUGUUUCAUUUUUACAAUUUUUAAGUAAAAAUACAAAACAUUUGCUUGUGUUAGCGUCACAAUGUCAAAGGGAUUCUUGUUUGUCUUCAUAUACAUAUAUUAACUGAUCAUUUUUGUUUUGGCUGUCGGCCAGUUAAACAGAUUGAACGCAGCACUUCAGGCCUCUGAUAACAUUACUCUUGUUAUGUUAAAGUUAAGGGAAUAAGGAAAAAUAAUUAAUACUAAAACUAGUCGCAGCUAUACUAUCAUUCAGAGGAUAUACAGUAGGGGUUAGUAUUCUUCAUGGCAUUUAUAGUAUAGUACAGCAUAAUAGUUUAUAGUAUGUAUAAUUUAAAAAAUACCCAAAUAUGACCAUUUACCUUUUAUAAAACAUUGUGGCCAUUUAAAACCCCCAAAGUUCCACAUGUGAAACACACAUAGAAGUGAAGAAGUGAGAUAUCUCGGUAAAUGUUCUCAUGAUACAUGCAGCAGAAAGGCCAGCUUCCUGUUUUCAAGCAGAGUUACAGGAUUUAGGAGUUAUUUUCAUAUACUGAAUGACCUUUUUUCUCUUUUUACUGGUUGAGUUGAUAUUAACAGAGAAUAAUUUUUAAUUUUUUUUUUGUCAUUAUCUGGAAAGACUUCCUAAACUAUUUUGAAUUAAUUUAUGUUGUUUUGGUUCAUAGUAAAUCUAUGUAAUGCUGUUAAGAUGUGAUUUUUUUCAAAGUAAUAAUAGAAAUUGUAAAUUGAUUUUUUUCCUCUGUACAGUUU